AUGCCCUUUGACUUUCUGGCCCUGGGUUUCUCCCUUUUCCGGCAGUUUCGUUCCCAGCCCGGUUCCAUUCAUAUCACAGCGAUGCCGCGCUGGCUGCAUUUGCUGGGCAUGUCGGCCCUGGCUGUACUGUACAGUCUGACCAGGGUGUUCGGCCUAAUGGCCACCGCCAACUCGAGUCCCCGGGGAAUCGAAAGGGUCAGGCAGAGCCUCUACUGGCGCAUCCACGGAUGGUUGAUGCUGAUCUUUGUGGGCGGCUUUUCGCCAUUCGCCUUCUUGUGCAUUUUCGGGCGGAUGACCUUUCUGCGCCAGAAUCAAAUUCUACUGCUGAUUGGCUUCAAUCGAUAUGUCUUUCUGCUGGCUUGUGCCUCGGCCACACUGUGGAUACACUGCUUCAAGCAGGCGGAGAUCAUUGGUUGCCUCAAUCGCUUGCUAAAAUGCCGCCGACAGUUGAGGAGUCUCAUGCACACACAGGAGCUGCGGGAUUCGCUGGACUGUCUGGCCACCAGGAAACACCUAAUAGAAGUGGUUGCCCUGCUCAGCUCCAUUGUCCUCUCGUCGGCCCAGCCCAUCCAGAUACUCAAGGACGAUCCCGAAGUGGGGAAUAACUCCCUAUACGCCUUCUCUUUGGUUUUCGUUUACACCUGCCAACUCAUUCUGCAGCUUUCCCUGGGGAUAUACACGAUGGCUCUCCUUUUUCUGGGUCACCUCGUUCGACACUCGAAUAUGCUGCUGGCCAGGAUUCUCGCGGAUGCCCGGAAAGUUUUGGAAAAUUCUCUAGGGGCAGGAUUGGCGCCGAGCCGCCAGCAGCUAUAUAAAAAUCAACAAAAAUGGUUGGCCCUCGAGUUAUGGAGAUUACUUCAUGUGCACCAGCAAUUGCUGAGGCUGCACCGUUCCAUCUGCUCAUUGCACGGAGUUCAGGCGGUCUGUUUCGUGGUGUACGUUCCCAUGGAGUGCACGAUACACCUGUUCUUCACAUACUUUAUGAAAUACAGCAAAUUCAUAUUGCGAAAGCACAAAAGAGGCUUUCCUCUGAACUAUUACGCGAUAGCCUUCAUGCUGGGGCUCUUUGUAAAUCUUCUCCUGGUAAUUCUACCCUCAUACUAUUCAGAAAGGAGAUUUAAGUGUACGAGGGAAACACUCAGAUGCGGCUUGCCUUUUCCAUCGACAAACACUGUUAGGCAGCUCAAACACACUAUGCACUACUACGGCCUGUUUUUGAAGAAUGUGGAGUACAUAUACACUGUCAGCGUCUGUGGACUUUUUAAGCUGAACAACGUCUUGCUUUUCUGCAUAGUAGGGGCGAUGCUGAAUAACCUGAUGAUACUGAUACAAUUUGAUAAAGUCCUAAACCAAUAGCUUGCAAAAUCCCAGGACAAUGGCCAUAAAUAAAUACAAAUUAAAUUGUUCCCUUGUUAAUGUUGGGCAAAUAUGUGUGCAUGUAAAAUCCCAUGAGUGGG